AUGCAUCUGGAUAUGCUGACCGCCGACCACCUGCACUCUCCCUCGCGCUCUCCAAAGAACGCUGCCGAUGGCCAUUGCCCGGCUCUACAGAUGCCUCUUUCCGUGCUUGGCUCGCUCUUGCGCAAACAGAGCCUCUCGCCCUUUGCUCCCAAGGGCGAGAAGACGGAGCGUCUCCAAGAUGGCUCCCAAGAUGGCUCCGACUCCACCACUACCCCUAAGACGAACCCUCUUAUGAAAGCCGAUUCUGCCGUCCAAGGCUCCCCUGCUCCCUCGCGGCGCACCUCCAUUAGCAGCGGAACCUCCACAGAGAAAGCGAAGAAGCAAAAGCGGCCCAAGACCAUCUACAAGCUCGCCCAGCCGCCGCACCCUCGAGGGAAGCUGCACAUCCGCCCCAAAGUCGUCCUACAGCUCCACCAGGUGGUGGCUGCGCGCCGUCCGAAACCCGCCUUCGAGGUCAUUCCCUAUACCAUCUGCAUCCCUUUCUCCUCUCGCUUCAAAGUCCGAACAUUCCGUGGUCGCUCACUUACUGCCGCCGACCUUCUAAUCCUGAAAGCCGAGGAGUACCAGCAUAAUGAAGAGGAGAAAUCCGACGAAGAGCGUUUUGGCUCGAGGGAGGUCGUGGGCGUCAUAUGUCCUGGAAAGGAAGACAAAAGCGGGGUUACCAAAACCGAGGUCCUUAUGGAGAACGGGCAGUCGUGGGAAGUCACGAGAACACCGAACGGCGGAUACGAGUUCGUGUAUGUGGACGACCAUGGCCUCACUCUGAGAUCACGCUGGGUAGCGAAGCCGCCCCAUCUCCGCCGUCAGUCUUCCACGACCAGCGCCUCGCAAGGCUCGCCUACAGAAGACCGCAAGUUCACCUUCAGUACCAUCAGCCAGAACUCCAGGCGUCAUCCCAUCAUUGCCACGAUGACCCGUGACCGCAUUGAAGUCAGCGAUUCGUACAUGAUGCCUUCUGCGACUUCUCCAUCCACACCAAACGCGCCUUGUUCAGCCUUCCCCACGCCUGCAGCGACGCCGUCUAGUAUUGAUAUGAACUCUUUUCUGGAACCUGAUCGUCUUCCUAUCGAGACUGGUGAUGCGCUCAAGUCUUUCAUUGUUGCAUCAGGCAUAUGGGUGGCCUUUCAGGAGAAUUGGUCUUCGUCCAACUCAAAAGGGGGUCCGCCUCCUCUAGUUACCUCGAACACCUUCAGGACGACUCCUAACCGCACCGUGUCUAUGACUUAUAUUGAUACUCCCCGCUCCGCAUCUCCCACUUCAUUGGACGAGAACAAACGCACCAUUCCUCGCAUCAUCCGCACGCACACCCAAUUCUUGCACAGCAAGACGUCCGAACCAGGCUCUCCCGUCUCGCCUAUCAAGACGCGUUCUCGUCGAUCCAACUCCACCGGCAACACCGAUCUCUUCAGGAAUGGUAGCCUACGAAAGCGCUUUGGUCUUGCCCUGGAGGACCAACCAGUGCCGGAGACUGAAGAGGAGCGCCACGAGAAAAGUAUGGAGCUCCUACGCGUGAAGGAGCUUGUUCUUCAGCCUCCGCCUACACUUUUUCGGGACAACAGCCCACUCUCGCCGAUUCCUUCGAUCGAGCCUCCAACAUCUCCAACUGACCCUGAGCCCUCUCCAACGUUGCCUGAUACCAGAACCAGGAAGACCCGAUCAGCAUACGAUCCCGUACCUACCGCUGGUCUGUGGGACUCUGGCAUCGUAGAGGGUAAAGGCACCCUGAGGACACGUCCAACCAGCUUAGUCGUUAUGAACGACAAGAAGAUGAAGGCCAAGCGCAAAGAGCAGCGAUCGAAGAGCGGGGACAAACCCAAGGAGAAGAAAGAGAAGAAGGAGAAGAAGGAGAAGGACGGACGACGCAAAAGCGAAGGCCUGCGUCAUCUCUUUGCGGGCAUGUUCCGCAAAGAAAAGCACACUGCUUGA